GGGGGGGGGAGUGGGUGUGGCCUUUGCGUUGCUGCGCGGGCGCCGAUUCUGACUGUUGGCAGCGGAAGGAGGAGGUAGUGAGUGAUGGCGGCGCUGGAGCCGGAAGUGUUGCCCCCGGCCACUGUCCCUGACUUGAAAUGGUAUGAGAAAUCGGAAGAAGCUCCUGACCCUCAGAUAGACCUGCUUGAGACCCACUCUGCCCAGGAACCGCCCAACCCUUCCGAGCUCUUUUGCCCAAGAGACUGCUUGGUACCAGUGGUGUUUCCUGGGCCUGUGAGCCAGGAAGGCUGCUGCCGGUUUACGUGUGAACUUCUAAAGCACAUCAUGUACCAACGCCAGCAACUACCUCUGCCCUACGAACAGCUCAAGCACUUCUACCGAAAAACAUCUCCCCAGGCAGAGGACACAGCAAGGAAGAAACCUCGGACUGCCAGUGAGGCGAGCAGCAGGAAGUGCCAGCAAGCCCUGGCGGAGCUGGACAACGUCCUUGGCCACCUGGAGGACCUCUUUGCCCGGACACUGGUACCACGAGUGCUGAUCCUCCUCGGGGGCAGUGCCAUAAGCCCCAAGGAGUUCUAUGAACUUGACCUAUCCCGGCUGGCCCCCCUCAGCGUGGACCAGAGCCUGAGCACGCCUGCUUGUCUUCGCCGUCUCUUCCGAGCCAUCUUCCUGGCUGAUGCCUUCAGUGAGCUGCAGGCUCCUCCGCUCAUGGGCACUGUCGUCAUGGUGCAGGGUCACCGUGACUGUGGAGAGGAGUGGUUUCGACCCAAGCUCAACUACCGGGUGCCCACCCGAGGUCACAAACUGACCGUGACCCUGUCCUGCGGCAGACCUUCUGUGCCAGCUUUGGGCUCUGAGGAUUACAUUUGGUUCCAGGCACCAGUGACGCUUAAGGGUUUCCACGAGUGACUGCAGGCACUUCUUGCUCUAAAAGCACAUUGGCUGCAUGCUCUGUCCCUGUGGCACCUGGUCACUGUCUCUUAUGAGCUGAAUUCCUUCCUGGUGAGAGAAGGUGGUGCUGCCUCCCUUCUCAAGCUUCAGACGGCUGAAGGUGUAGCCAGGACAGAAAUCAUCAUCAUGGAGCACCUCUCUGAAUCAAGCUGGUUUCCCAGAGGGUGCUGGGUCAUGUUUGUUUGGGGUGGGAAAGCAAAGAUGGGGCCAUAGACAGACUCCUACUGAGGUGGCCUUUCCUGCUUUAGCUGUGUCCUUUCAGGAUUUCUGCCAGGUUAAUAAUGUGUGUGUGCCUCAUGAUGGAUGAAUUUAUAUAUGAAAUGAAUAGAAUCAUGUUAAAAUUUCCUGAAAUUGUUAACUCAAAGAGACUUCAGCCUUUAUGCUAUUUUGUUUUUCUUCUGGGCCUCUUCAGCUUCAGGGCUUCCAAGAUUUUAUACUAGUAGUUUUUUCUCUUCCUCGGCCCUAUGACAGUCUGGAAAGUGAAAUGACUUCUGUAAGUGGUUUGAUAACAGAAUUGAGAUGAGAGUCCCUAUCAGCUAACUUGUAGCCUAACGUUCUUUCCUUGCCACAUACAGGUCUGUGUGAGGAUUAAGUUCCCCAAACAUUUGUGUGCCCAGAGCAGAGAUGGAGUAAGAAACAGGGGUCUUCACAACCCGCUUUGUGUCUUGAUUGCUCAGGGAUCCUGUGGGUUCUCUUCCUGAAGCCAGAUGUUUCCUGGAGCUCUGCCCAGCCCUUCCCUGCAGUCUUUUGAUGGCUGCUGGCUGUAGCUAUUGGCAAAACCCUGUCCUCCUGCCUGUGGCAGUUUCUCUUCAGCUAUGUCUGACUUGGCCAUUGUGAACCUUGCUGGUGGCCUCUCUGGCUUGACACUGGCUUGACACAGCCCUGACCACUUAAGGGUUGGCACUCUUGGACCCUUGGGAAGAAAACCUCCUGCAUGUUUCCUGGAGGAGAAUCCUCACCUGGCUGGUGUUGGAAUGGUGUGCUUGUACAUAAAUAAAGGGGGACAGCAGUACA